AUGAACAGGCCACACAGGGGCCUCCAGUCUCCUGCUCCUUCUUGGGCCUGCAGCCCUGGAGAAUUUGCUCAGCCAGGUAGGCGCGCCGCUGUGGGCAGUGGGCGACGGCGGCGGGCGAGCGGCCAGGCUGACCACCUCUGCUUGACCCAGAGCCCUAAGGGGCAGGUCCGUAAAGGCCGGGCCCGCGGCCUGCGCGCGACCUCCUUCGGCUGGCGCUUCCGGCUGUGGUCCCUAGGACUCUUCUGCCCCGAGCGCCGCCUGGCCAGGUGCCUUAAGAACAACAGCUUCUUCCCGUUCGAGCAGCAGCAGCCAAACGUCUUCGUGCUGGAGUACUACCAGGACACGCUGUGGAAGGGGAUGCUGCUCCUCGCCGUCUGCGUGGUCCUGGUCAGCGUCAGCUCCCUGAGAAAGGUGCGAGCUCCCGGGCCCCCCCCCCCACCCUCCGCCCCCGCGGGCCCGCCCUGCACCCGCUCAGGCGCUCCCCGCGGGGCCCGCCCACAGGUGCAGAAGCAGGAGACCUGGGUCUUCCCCGCGUACGGCGUGGCCGUGGGCCUGUGGAUGGUGGUGUCAUCGCUGCCGCGGCGCCGCCUGGUGCUGAACCACCCGCGCGGCGUGUACCACUUCUCCAUCCAGGGCCGCGCGGUGUGCCAGGGCCCCCUGCACCUGGUCUACGUGCGCCUGGCCUCCAGCUCCGACGCCUACGGAAGAUGCUUCUUCCAGCUGGUCCUCGGCGGCCACAGGUUGGAGCCGCUGGUGCUGGUGCAGCUGUCGGAGCACUACGAGCAAAUGGAAUACUUGGGCCGUUACAUGGCCCGGAAACUCAACAUCAACUACUUCGACUACCUGGCCACUUCCUACCGGCACGUGGUUCGCCACUGGCCACCCUCUAGCACCCGCUCCGUGUCGCACAAGAGCCUCGUGGACAAGGCCAGCUCCUCUCAGUCCAACCUGGAGGUGUGACUCCGAGGGCCACCCCCACCCCAGGACUGCGUUCUCCCCAACCUCCCAGCGCCCCACUCUGGGGCAGAUCGAAUAUGAGUCCCACUCACUGGCCUUCCUUUCAAUAAAGUUGUCUCACCUUCCA